AUGCUUAGCUCAGUCUGCGUCUCGUCGUUCCGCCGGCGCCAGGGGGCCAGCAAGCAGCAGCGCCCAGAGCCGCAGCUGCCCGAGUCCCCGCCGCCGCUGUCUCCGCCGCUGCCACCGCCGCCGCUGCAGCAGCAGCAGCAGCAGCAGCAGCCCGGCCCCGCCGCGUCCUCGGCGGGCCCCUCGGCACCCCGCGGGCCCGGGGGCCGGCGCGCCGAGCCAUGCCCCGGGCUGCCGGCGGCGGCCAUGGGGCGGCACGGCGGCGGCGGUGGCGACAGCGGCAAGAUCGUGAUCAACGUGGGCGGCGUGCGCCAUGAGACGUACCGUUCGACGCUGCGCACCCUGCCAGGGACGCGGCUAGCCGGCCUGACGGAGCCCGAGGCGGCUGCGCGCUUCGACUACGAUCCGGGUGCAGACGAGUUCUUCUUCGACCGACACCCGGGCGUCUUCGCCUAUGUGCUCAACUACUACCGCACCGGCAAGCUGCACUGCCCGGCCGACGUGUGCGGGCCGCUCUUCGAAGAGGAGCUGGGCUUCUGGGGCAUCGACGAGACCGACGUAGAGGCCUGCUGCUGGAUGACGUACCGACAGCAUCGCGAUGCUGAGGAGGCGCUCGACUCCUUCGAGGCUCCCGACUCCUCGGGUGCCUCCAACGCCGCCAAUGCCGCAGGAGCCCACGACGCAGGCCUGGACGACGAGGCGGGCGCGGGCGGUGGCGGCCUGGACGGCGCUGGCGGCGAGCUCAAGCGCCUCUGCUUCCAAGACGCGGGCGGCGGCGCCGGGGGGCCUCCAGGGGGAGCGGGCGGCGCGGGAGGCACUUGGUGGCGCCGCUGGCAGCCGAGAGUGUGGGCACUCUUCGAGGACCCCUACUCAUCGCGGGCCGCCAGGUAUGUGGCCUUUGCCUCACUCUUCUUCAUCCUUAUCUCCAUCACCACCUUCUGCCUGGAGACCCAUGAGGGCUUCAUCCACAUCAGCAACAAGACGGUGACACAGGCCUCCCCAAUCCCGGGGGCUCCACCAGAGAACAUCACCAAUGUGGAGGUGGAGACGGAGCCCUUCCUGACCUACGUGGAGGGGGUGUGCGUGGUGUGGUUCACCUUCGAGUUCCUCAUGCGCAUCACCUUCUGCCCGGACAAGGUGGAGUUCCUCAAAAGCAGCCUCAACAUCAUUGACUGUGUAGCCAUCCUGCCCUUCUACUUGGAGGUGGGCCUCUCCGGCCUGAGCUCCAAGGCCGCCAAGGAUGUACUGGGCUUCCUGCGCGUUGUCCGCUUUGUCCGCAUCCUGCGUAUCUUCAAGCUGACCCGACAUUUUGUGGGGCUGCGUGUGCUGGGCCACACGCUCCGUGCCAGCACCAACGAGUUCCUGCUGCUCAUCAUCUUCCUGGCUCUGGGGGUGCUCAUCUUUGCCACCAUGAUUUACUACGCAGAGCGCAUUGGCGCUGAUCCGGAUGACAUCCUGGGCUCCAACCACACCUACUUUAAGAACAUCCCCAUUGGUUUCUGGUGGGCCGUGGUCACCAUGACCACUCUGGGCUAUGGAGACAUGUACCCUAAGACAUGGUCGGGGAUGCUGGUUGGGGCGCUCUGUGCCCUGGCGGGCGUGCUGACCAUCGCCAUGCCCGUGCCCGUCAUUGUCAACAACUUUGGCAUGUACUAUUCACUGGCUAUGGCCAAACAGAAGCUACCCAAGAAGAAGAACAAACAUAUCCCCCGACCCCCGCAGCCUGGCUCUCCCAACUACUGCAAGCCUGACCCACCCCCACCACCUCCACCCCACCCUCACCAUGGAAGUGGUGGCAUCAGCCCCCCACCACCCAUCACUCCACCUUCCGUGGGUGUGACUGUGGCUGGGGCCUACCCUUCAGGGCCACACACACACCCUGGGCUGCUCAGGGGGGGCGCAGGGGGGCUGGGGAUUAUGGGGCUGCCUCCUUUGCCGGCCCCUGGGGAGCCCUGCCCGCUGGCUCAGGAGGAGGUGGUUGAAAUCAACAGGGCAGACCCCCGCCCCAAUGGGGAUCCAGCUGCAGCAGCACUGGCCCACGAGGACUGCCCCGCCAUUGACCAGCCUGCCAUGUCCCCGGAGGACAAGAGCCCCAUCACACCUGGAAGCCGGGGCCGCUACAGCCGCGACCGAGCCUGCUUCCUCCUUACCGACUAUGCCCCCUCCCCUGAUGGCUCCAUUCGAAAAGGUUACGAGAAAUCCCGCAGCCUGAGCAGCAUCGCGGGCCUGAGCGGGGUGUCCCUACGCCUCGCACCCCUUGCCACCCCCCCAGGCUCUCCCCGGGCCACCCGCCGUGCUCCCCCAACCCUGCCCUCCAUCCUUUAG